GCUAUGGUUAGCUACUAAACAUCCUGUAUUAACAUUGAGAAUUGAAUUGGAGCGCUUCCGUGUUGGGAUAUGUUGUUAGUUAGCAUCGGUUGUGGAGAGUAAUUUGUCAAGGCGCUUGAUACAGUGAUGGACUCGAACAAUCUUCUAUCUCUAGAAUAUACGUUCAGUAGUUCCCUGGUUAGUCUGAGGCGGUCAGUCUCAAGAGAGAUUUCCGCUUCUGUUUCUAAAAUACGACGGCAGUUCCUAUGUGUUCAGAGCGAAUUUAAUAAUGAGAUUUCUCGCUUACGUGAACAAAAUAAAGCUCUCGUUCGAACUUUGCAGCAGAUGGAGGAAAUGAUAAAAGGAAAAGAAAUUGAAAUAUAUGGGUUACGCCAUCAAUUGCAAAGCUUCUCGGCUGGGCGAGGUGUGUGUUCUAAUUGCUCUGGAGAUUCUAUCCAAGCUAGAAACACGUUAGUAAGAAACACUGUCUUUAACCCAACCAACAAACGCCCGCUUACGACAAUUUCAUCGUCGAUAUCAGAUGGUUUGUCGGAAUCCAGUUUAAAUAGUCAUAUUCAGCAGCCCAUAAAAAAACGUCCAUAUGUGCUGGCGAACGAUGUUGAAAGCGCCGAUGUAGAAAACAUUAACAACAUAACACCAAAAGGUGUUCGCAAAUCCCCUUCUGGAGCACCUGAUGAGAGCCAAUGUGAAGACGAAGUAUCCAAAAGCGAAUCUACAACACUAACUAACAGCGUUUUCCCUGUCGGUUCCCUUAGCCCACCAUCACAAAUUUAUGAUGCCUCCUUAGCAGUAAAAAAUGCAAUUAAUCACAACGAUCUGGCUGAUUACGAUGCUACUUACAGGGAUUCUUCUAUGUUGGAUAUGUCAGGUGCAAAUAAUAGAGGGAACAUGUUAGAGUCUCCAAGUACUAACCGGACGGGACCUAUUGGUUCAGAAUUCAUUCCAGGUAUUAGAAACCCUAACAAGUUAAUAUCAGCGAACGGCUCUGACCAGGUUCAGGUUGUCUGUCAUCGACCAAAACGUACACAUCGACCAUCUUGUCGUUACUUUCAUCGUACAUUUUCCAGUAAAGAAAACAAGCAAGAAAAACAGAAAUCUGAUGAUACUGGUGAUGACAUAAGUCUGCCUUCUGGUUUUCUCGAAUCCGAAACAUCAGUUCAUUUAACACCAAAAUCCAUUACUAGCGAUGCAUCAACAAAGCACAAACGUAAUAAAGCGAAAUCUCACUUCCCAUCUAUUGGUGGUUCACCGACCCGUGAUGAGUCAAACUUCAAGUUUCCACUUCCUCCACAACGUACAACUUUGGUUGCAAAAAAACCACUUUCUGUUGCAAAUAGCGUUGGUGUAAUGUGUCUUAAUCAGACUGAUACGAACGAUGCGUCUGAAAAGUCUGAUAUGGAUCAAGAAAAUAGUGAUGAGAAUAUCAUUUACCCGUGUGACCUUUGUGAUCAAGUCUUUAAACAUAAACUUGCUCUUUGUAGUCACAAAAAUGUGCUCAUCGUGCUAAGCCUACUAAAAAAUCUCAUGGAAAAUCAGUCAAUCGAACAUCACCAUCAACACCAGAUGGUUUUUGGGAUAUUGACCUAGAACAACAUGACAAGGGAAAGGAGAAUGUUCCGGUUACAAAUACGACUGAUACUGAAGUGAAUAUUCGACACUCUUCCCGCCGCCGUCGACCUUUAAGCUUUCCCUCAGUUGAAAUAUCUCCCACACCAAUUGAAUAAGAUUUACAUGUAAUUGUUUCCCACUGUUGUUUUUAUCGACUUUUUAUCAUUUGAUUAACAAACCCGGUAAUCGUAUAUUCGUAACUUGUUUUUUUACACAUUUCUACAAAAUAAAUUAUCUACAUUUUUAUUUUUGUUACCUGUUAUUCUGGUGAUUUUCAUUAAUUAUCAACUCAUUGUUCAAUCUUUUGUAUUUAAGUUUAUCUCUUUAUUCAAGUAUUAGCGUCUUAUCCAAUCCUGGGCUAUCCUGUUCAAUAAUGAAAUACCUCCAUUUUUAAAAAUCUCAAACUCUAAGUGAACCAACCAAAAAACUAGAUCUGAACGUUCAUAACUGUCCUAUUGGUAUUCUUAUCCUCAAUGGUCCAAAUUGUUUUAACUAGAUGAAAUUUUUAUUUGUAUAAUCAG